GUAAUUCUUUUGUUAGUUUUUUGUUCAAAUCUCUCUCUCACUCCUCUCUUGAUCCAUGAAAUUCAACAAUAAUGACGAAUUUCGAGUUCCAGAUUGUGUCUUUACUUGUAAGUCAUUGACAAACUUGGAACUAGAUUUGUCCACGUCCUAUAAGAUUAUUCUGCCGAAUUCUAUAUCAUUACCUCGUCUCAAAUAUCUGAGACUUAGGAACACUCGGUUUAAGCAUGAUGAGUUAACCAAGUUAUGUUCAAGUUGUCCUGUUUUGGAACACCUGGAUUUAAGUGGCGUUCGUAGUACUAAACCUUUAAGCAUCACUAUAUCUUCUGUUACACUUGAACACUUGGUUAUAGGUGGCAUUAGUACUACUGCAGCUAUGAACAUCACUAUAUCUUCUGUUACACUUAAGAACUUUGAAUUACAUAUUGAUAAAUCAAUUCGGAACACAUUGAGGUUAUAUGCACCAAAUCUCGUGUAUUUGUUCUUAUCAAAUUUAGACUAUUUGUUGUUCGAAGAUGUUUCUUCUCUGUUCAAGGCUGAUGUUGGUGUACAAGUAAAACCACGAAAACCAAAUGACGAGUUUCCUAUGGUACAUGCUGCGGCCGAUACAUUAGAAUCUCUAAAACCACUUCAUAAUGUGAAAGAACUAACAAUAUCAUUUCAAGAACUCAAGCAUGUUGGAAGAGUCGAGGAACUAUUACAAAAGCAACCUUUUCAUAUUUAUAAUCUGCAACGGCUGGAGCUGCAAAAGAUGAGCCUCUCAACAGAAUCUGUGCAUGUAAUUGCCUCCUUGCUCAAGAUCUCGCCUGUCCUAGAAUCCCUUGUAGUGCAACUUUGUCAGGACGUGGAAAACAGUGACAAAUCCGAAUCCGAUGAGGCAUCAGAUUUUGGUUCAGAGUCGGAAGAGGAGAUGGAGUUAGCUCUGCAUAGUGGUGAGACAACUCUCGGUUUAGAAGGGCAGUUCACCAGCACCAUGAAACAACUCAAGUUUGUCGAGAUUAGUGGUCUAGAAGGAAGUGAUAGUGAACUGAAGUUUAUAGAAAUUUUGCUGAAGAAUGCCAUGGUCUUGCAGAAAUUGGUCUUGAAGAAGGACCCAACUGGAUCAAGUAUUGAGGACAUUACGAAGUUUUGCGAGGAGGUGGACAAAUUUCCAGUCGCCUGUUUGUCUUUGAAAAUCUAUUUCUUUUUCUUUAAUUUGUGAAGGGGAUAUCAUUAUUCAAGGAUAAGAAGUUAUUGUACAUCUUUUGCUAAUAGAUUAGACACCAUAAAAGAAACUACAUUAUUACAGUAGUCUU